UUAUUUUUUUUUUUUUAAACUGUUUACAAAUUUUAGUCCUGUUUGAUAUAAUUAUAUUUCUUAUACAAAUUAUAAACGACAGCAACAACAACAACAACGAAAUCCAAAACAUAACAACGAAAACAUUCAGCAUAUAACAAAUCAAACUUACGAAAGUUAUAUCCCUCCCAGAAUUAGCCAAAAGAGGCAAAAAACCAACUGAAACAAAUAUAUAUAAGCUAGGCCCUGGAAUUUUUAAGACGGCUUUUAACGAAUUGAGUGCCUUUUGCAAUUUCUACACCAUAUAAACUAAGCCUAAGCAAGAAGAAGAGACGACGAGGCGGAGGAGGAGGAGUAACAGUAGCAGUAGCAGUAGCAGUAGGAAGAGCAGCAGUUAUAACAGUUCUAGCAGGAACUGUUGUGGAAGAUAAAAAACAACGAAAACGACCACAUAGGCGACGACGACGACCAGGCCAAGAUGUCCACAUUAUCGCUGCGCAUACAGCUGGAAGGUGGUCGGGUGACCAAGACCAUACAAUUCCAACCAAAUACCACAGUCCACGAUGCAUGCAAAAUUAUUCGCGAUAAAUUUGCUGAAGCAGUGCAGGGAAAACCCAGCGAAUAUGGCCUGUUUAUCUCGGAUGAGCAGAACCAGCAAGGCGUUUGGCUGGAGGCUGGACGUGCUUUGGGCUAUUAUAUUCUGCAUAAUCAGGACACUCUGGAAUAUCGGUGUAAGACGCGCAUAUUACGUGUGAGAAUGUUGGACGGAGCCGUGAAAACCAUUCUGGUGGACGACUCACAGCCUGUCUCGCAGUUAAUGGUUGUUAUAUGCACCAAAAUUGGUAUAACCAAUCAUGAGGAAUACGGCUUGGUCCGCGAGGAUAACGAAGCACAGAAUGAGAAUUUGCCGGAUAAUAAAUUUGGCACUCUAACCCUAAAGCGUAAGAUUAUGGAGAAGGAUCGCGAUGCCAAAAUGGAAAGUUUACGCAAGAAACUGAAAACGGAUGAUGAAAUGAACUGGGUAGAUGUUAGUCGUACCUUGAGGGAACAGGGCAUUGAUGAAUCGGAGACGGUCUUGCUGCGUCGUCGUUUCUUCUUCUCUGACCAGAACAUUGAUUCCCGUGAUCCGGUGCAGUUGAACUUGCUCUAUGUUCAGGCCAGAGAUGCCAUUCUGGAUGGUACCCAUCCAGUUACUCAGGAUAAAGCAUGUGAAUUCGCGGGUAUCCAAGUGCAUAUACAGUUUGGACCUCAUAAUGCGGCCAAGCACAAGCCAGGAUUUUUGGACUUAAAAGAUUUUCUGCCUCAAUCGUAUGUACGUGUGAAGAACAUCGAAAAGAAAGUAUUUGCCGAACAUCGAAAACAUGACGAACUAUCGGAAAUCGAUGCCAAAGUCCUGUACACGAAGACAGCUCGCGAGUUGCCCACGUAUGGUGUUACCUUCUUUCUGGUCAAAGAAAAGAUGAAUGGCAAGAACAAGUUGGUUCCACGUCUAUUGGGUGUAACCAAAGACUCUGUGCUGCGUCUGGACGAGCAUACGAAGGAAAUUUUAGUUUCCUGGCCACUUACCACAGUCCGACGUUGGGGUGCCUCGCCAAACACAUUCACCCUUGAUUUUGGUGAUUAUGCCAAUCAAUAUUAUUCAGUCCAGACGACAGAAGCUGAGCAAAUUGUCCAACUUAUUGCUGGCUAUAUUGAUAUCAUAUUGAAGAAAAAACAAACAAAGGAUCAUAUUGGUAUUGAGGGUGAUGAGGGAUCCACCAUGGUUGAAGAGUCAGUGGCACCAUCAAAGGCCACUUUCUUGCAACAUGAAACGAAUCGUGUGGAAAAACUUAACUUGGAAAGUUUGGCACAUCCGGGCAUUAUGCGGCCAUAUGAUGGCGAGCGCACCUUUACCCAGAACGAAGUGCAGACCGUACAGUAUGGAGCCUUCGUUGGCCAGGUCAAUCAUGCGCACCAGCCGCCCACGACUAAGGAAGUACGGAUUAGUUCUGUAAAUCUCACAGAACCGCAACGCGCACUACUCAGUUAUAUAUCUGCUGGUCAGGAUGUCUUAUUACGUGCCGAUGAAGAGUUGCGUACCAAGGCACCAAUCCAAGAGCUGGGCAGUGAUUUGAGGUCAAUCGAGUGGCGUGAAAACACUCUGGAUACCUCUAAGCAAGCAGUUAGCAGCCAUGUUGCUACCAUGAGUGCAGCUACAGCCCAGAUUAUCACAGCAUCGCAACCUGAUGAAGUGGAUACGGAAGCCAUUUCCGCAUCUGUCUCGCAAAUUGCCCAAACAAUUCCCGAGGUAACCAAGGAAGUGCGUCUGAUAGCCGCUCUAAUGGAGAACGAUUCGAAUGGCGACCAACUGUUGGAAGCAGCUCGCAAUCUAUGCAAUGCCUUUAGUGAUCUACUCAAAGCAGCCGAACCCGAAAGCAAGGAGCCACCUCAGCAUUUGAUUAAUGCUGCCAGUCGAGUGGGCGAAGCCACCACACACGUCCUCAGCACCAUUGCCGAAGAAGAGGUGCCAGAGAAUCGUGAUUUGCAUGAUAUGCUCUUGGCUCUGGCAAAGGCGGUGGCCAAUACAACAGCUGCAUUGGUUUUGCGUGCCAAAAACAUUGCUGCCAGCUGUGAGGAUGAGCAAGCCAGAAAUCGGGUAAUUGGAGCAGCCAGCCAAUGUGCCUUGGCCACGAGCCAGCUGGUGGCCUGUGCUAAGGUAGUGGCUCCCACUUUGCACAAUGCUGCCUGUCGAGAACAAUUGGAGGCAGCGGCCCGAAAUGUGGCCAGAGCUGUUAACUCGUUGUGCGAAGUCUGCAAUGAGGCCAGCAACGAUCCCAAAUUGAAGGCGGACCUUUUGGCCGCAGCCAGAGAUGUUUCCAAGAGCCUUACCGAUAUGCUGGAGCAUGUUAAGCUGAGCUCUCGCGAGCAUGCCAAUCGUACUAGUCAGGAAUUGAGUCCGGUGGAGAACGUCAUUAUUGGCACUGAUAUUCUAGUGUCCACCAAUGAUCCCCAGGAGAUGGUGCGUCAUGCCCGCACUUUGGGUCAAACAACAGCCCAACUUAUCCAAAGUAUUAAGGGCGAGGCGGAUCAGCAACAGGAUGCGGAUAUGCAACGUCGUCUAUUGUCUGCAGCCAAACAGUUGGCAGAUGCUACCGCCAAAUUAGUGGAAGCUGCACGCCUCUGUUCCUCGAAUCCACAUGACACUGACAACCAGAACGCCUUGCGUCGGGCAGCUGAGGAAUUGCGUGAGAUAACAACCACUGCAGCCAAUACACCAGCCAUGAAGCGAGGAUUGAUACAACGUUUGGAGUACUGCUCCAAGCAGGCUGCUUCGGCUGCCACCCAAUGCAUCUCGGCGGCCCAGAAUGCCGUGCAGCACAGUCAAGACCAUCAGACGAAGGAAUCACUGCUCCAAGAUUGCAAGAGAGUGGCGGACACUAUCCCAAGGUUGGUUACCUCAGUGAAAACGACACGUGCCCAACCGGAUGAUGCACAUGCUCAGCUAAAUCUCAUCGAAGCAGCUGAACAGUUUAUUGAACCAGCUCUCCAGGUUUCGAAGUCUUCACGAGCCCUGCAGCCCACAGUCACCGAUAUACCAUCAGCUGCCCAGCUCUCCAAGAGUGCCUUACAUUUGGGCCAAAGUGUUUCCGAGUUGCAUUCGGUGGCACAACGUGCCCGUGAUGCAUGCGGCGGCCAGGAACUGGAGUCGGCUCUGGAGGCAGUGAGAAAGCUGCAUCAUGUCCUAGACGAUACACGACAAGCGGCACUAGCAGGACAACUGAUUCCUUUGCCAGGAGACACUGUAGACAAUACGGCUGAUGAAUUAAGAAAAUCGGCCAAGAAUGUGGGCAUAGCCCUAAGCCAAUUGUUGUCAUCAGUUCUACAAAAUCAACACAGCUAUGCAGGCUCAGCCGGUCGGGAUACUGCCCUUGCUCUGGGAGACUUUACCAAAAGUGUACAUGGAGUGGCUGCUACUACCCGAAAUCCAGCAAUUAUUGAUUGUGCCGAUGACGUGGUGACCAGUUCGGCCAGACUUAUCGAAGAGGCCCAGCGUACGCUUCAGGGUCUGGCAGAUCCACAAGCUCUUACCCAAGCAGGACGAGACGUCACUGUUGCCCUCUCCCGCACUGUAGACUGCAUACCCGGUCAGCAUGAGGUAGAUGUGGCUCUGAGGAAUGUCAGCGAUCUUAGCGAGAUUCUUUGCAUGAGCGAGUUCCCACCAUCAACGCGCCCCUAUGCAACCCUUCAGUCGGAGCUUAAGCAAAUGGCAGAGCAAUUGAGUAGCUCUGGCGGUCAGAUUGUUGUAUCCUAUGCCUCUCCAGCGUCACUGGCCGAGAGCAGUCACAACUUUGCAGCCAACUACAGGGAUCUGCUAUCGGUCAGCAUGGAAAUGGCCGGUCAAACACAAGAAGAUUCUGUUCGCUCUCAGAUUAUAGAGUGCCUUCGCCAUGUGUCCACUCAGUCGUGCUCCUUGUUGUCUACAGCGAAAUCAAUUGCAGCCGACCCUGGCCAGCCAAAUGCCAAGAAUCUAUUGCAUGCUGCUGCACGCGGGGUCACAGAGAGCAUCAAUCAGUUGGUGGAUGCCAGCAUUCAAUCCGCACCUGGCCAAAAAGAAUGCGACAAUGCCAUGAGAAACAUUGAGGCACUGCGCCGUAUGCUGGACUAUCCCCAUGAACCAAUCAAUGAGUUGGGCUACUUUGAUUGUGUGGAACAAGCAACCGCAAAGUCAAGGAAUCUGGGCUAUGCCAUCUCCGAGAUGAUCAACAAUGCCAAACAAUCGCAGCAUGUGGAAUUCAGUCAAUCAGUGAACAAUGUCAACGAUUCCAUACAGGGACUGAUGGAGAGUUCAUCGCAAGCGGCCUACCUCAUUGGUGUUUCGCAUCCCUCAAGCGUUGCCGGUCGUCCGGGCAUCAUUGAUCAGGCUCAACUUACCUGGGCCUAUCAGGGCAUUCGUCAACAUUGCGACAUUGUAAGCAGCCAGCAAUCCACCAAGCCACAAAUGAUAUCUGCUCUCACAGUCAUUGCCAAGCACACCAGCUAUCUGUGCUCCAUUUGUCGCCAGGCCUCGAUGAACACAUCCAAUCCGGUGGCCAAGAACGAGUUCAUUGUCUUGGCCAAGCAGGUUGCUACCGCCACUUCGGAUCUAGUGCAGGCAAUCAAAGCCAUUGAAGAGCAACCAGCUGGUGGAAGUCGCGAACGUUUGGUUGAGCCCCUGCUGGAGGCUGUAAAGGCAGUUCGCCAGUAUGCCUCUAGUCCUGAGUUUAUUUCCAUUCCGGCCAAGAUAUCUGCCGAGGGUAGGAAAGCCCAGGAACCUGUUAUCCAGGCUGGUCGCGGUGUAAUCGAUGGGGUUGUAGAAAUGGUCAAAGCAGCCAAAUCCCUAGCUCUAUCGCCGGAUAAUCCACCGGUCUGGCAGCAACUCUCCAUGCACUCCACACCCGUAUCGGAGUCUGUGAAGCGUCUGGUGGACAACAUACGUGACAAGGCCCCAGGACAAGCGCAAUGCGAACAAGUUCUUCAUACUCUGGGAACAUGUACUCGAGAAUUGGAUAGCUGUGCUCUGGCAGUGAAUGCCCAAGGCUUGAGCCAGAGACGGGACAAUAAUCUACAUGGUUUCAGUGGGCAGACGAUGAACUCGGCAGCGGAAUUGGUUGACAAAUUGGAGCCGAUUCGUGUGGCUGGCAAGAACAAUGCCGAACAGCUGGGUCAUGCGGUUGGUGAGAUUUCCCGUUAUGUGGUGCCCAUGGUAAAUGGUGCCAUUGGAGCCUGCACCCAUAUCGUCCACAGUCAACAGCAAAUGUCGUUGAUUAACCAAACCAAGUCGGUUGUGGAGAGUGCCAUUACAUUAGUGCAAUCAGCUAAAGAUUCCGCUGGUAAUCCGCGUGCAACCCAUGCCCAUCCACGCCUGGACGAGGCCAUCGAUGGCACCAGAGAGGCUAUACAGGAAUUGCAGCAAACUGUCGAGAAGAUUAAUGCCGAGACUGGCAUCGUUACGGGACUUAUGGAUCAGGUGAAUAGAUCAAUUACCCGUCUCACCGAUAAACGGCAAUCCCUGCUGAAUGCCUCAUAUCUGGAUGCCUAUGUGGACUAUCAGACACGCAUGGUGGCCAGAGCUAAAGAGAUUGCCAGCCUGGCCAAUGAGAUGAAUGCCAAGAGUAGCGUGGAGCCAGCAGCUUUGCCUCAAUUGGCGGUCGACAUGACCCAACACUAUCAACAACUCACCCAGGAUUCGGUGGGAGCUAGCACCACAACCACUUCACCAGACGUGGCCAUGCGCAUUCGCAGCACAGUCAUUGAUCUGGGUCGCUCGGUUAGCUCCAUGAUCAGUUCGUCAGCCGGUGGAGCCCGACCCAACGAUGUGAGUGCCCAGAAGGAGAUUGCACGCAAUGCACGUGAAGUUUCCGAGAAGGUGGCCCAAGUGCUGGCAGCUCUACAGGCCGGCUCUCGGGGCACUCAGGCUUGCAUAAAUGCCGCCCAUACAGUAUCCGGCAUUAUUGGCGACCUGGACACAACAAUUAUGUUCGCCACUGCCGGCACUCUACACUCGGAUGGCGAUGGCAGCUUCGCCGAUCAUCGUGAACACAUUUUGCAGACAGCCAAGGCUCUAGUGGAGGACACCAAAGUGUUGGUUACUGGCGCUGCCGGUACUCAAGAUCAAUUGGCCACUGCCGCACAGAAUGCUGUAUCGACCAUAACUCAACUGGCCGAGGCUGUUAAACGUGGCGCCUGCUCGUUGGGAUCCUCUCAACCGGAUUCGCAAGUCAUGGUCAUUAAUGCUGUUAAGGAUGUGGCCUCUGCUCUGGGUGAUUUGAUUAACUGCACUAAAUUGGCAUCGGGCAAGUCCAUUAAUGAUCCCUCUAUGCAGGACCUUAAGGAGAGCGCUAGGGUGAUGGUAUUGAACGUCUCCUCAUUGCUAAAGACUGUCAAAGCUGUGGAGGAUGAGCAUACACGUGGCACCAGAGCCAUGGAGGCAACCGUCGAGGCAAUUUCUCAAGAGAUUCGAGCCAUGCAGACGCCACCACCAGUUGGCAGCCCACAGGUGGGACCCGAGGAUCUUAUACGUGUCACCAUGAAUGUUACGGCAGCCACAGCCAAGGCAGUUGCCGCUGGUGCUUCCAACUUGCAAACGGAUAUUGUAGCUGCUGCCAAUUUGGGUCGUCGUGCUAUUUCGGACAUGUUGAUUGUAUGCCGUUCGGUGGCCUGGAAUUGUGCCGAAACCGAUGAGCUGCGUAUACGGACACUGGAAGCUGGCACCGCUGUGGGUGAAUCCUAUAGAGAACUCUUGAAUGGCAUUCUGCACAAUUGCAGUGCCGAUGAUCGCAUGCAUUUGUCACGCCGUGUGGCCAAAUGUGUCACUGAUCUCGUUGCCAUGGCUAGACUAUUGAAGGGCUCCGAUUGGAUAGAUCCCGAAGAUCCCACUGUAAUAGCUGAGAAUGAACUAUUAGGUGCAGCUGCAUCGAUUGAUGCGGCAGCCAAGAAAUUGGCAUCAUUGAGGCCACGUCGUCAAGCGGAUGUUAAGAUUGAAUUGGAUGAGAAUAUGAAGUUUGAUGAAAUGAUUUUGGAAGCGGCAAAGGGCAUUAUGGCUGCCUCCGCUGCCUUGGUGCGCGCUGCCAAUGCUGCUCAACGUGAACUUAUUGACCAGGGCAAAGUGGCUCGUCGUCCUCUAACCAGCUCUGAUGACGGCCAAUGGUCUGAGGGUCUAAUUUCGGCUGCUCGUCUUGUCGCUGCUGCCACACACAGCUUAGUAGAGGCUGCACAAAAUCUGGUGCGAGGCGUGGGCACUGAAGAAAUGCUUAUCUCCACGGCCAAGCAGGUGGCUGCAUCCACUGCCCAGCUUUUAAUUGCCUGUAAAGUGAAGUCGAAUCCAAAUUCGGAGGCUGGACGUCGCCUUCAGGCAGCCGGCAAUGCGGUGAUUAAAUCCACCGACAAUCUGGUUCAUGCCGCCCAACAGGGACUGGAAGCGGAGGAGGAGCACUCACUCAAGAUUAACACAUCGAUGGUUGAUGGCAUGGCACAGGAGAUCAAUGCCCGUUCCGCCGUGCUGCGCAAGGAAAAGGAAUUGGAAGAGGCGCGACAACGUCUGAAACAUGUGCGACAGGCCCAGCGAUAUGCAAAGAAUGCACAGGGCUUCACCACCGAUGAGAGCGACACGGAAUAUGCGUAUGGAAACCACAACAAGAGUCAGAACAAUACUUUGGGUCGUAGCGGUUACUAUGCGUCCAGUGAGAUGCCCAGCUCACCCAGCUAUUACACUGGCAGCCAACAGCAACAGCAGCAGCAGCAGCAGCAGAAGCAUCACUAUAAUUAUGCGAGUCCCCAACCACAGCAUUUCCAUCUGCCAGAAGCGGUGUCUCCUCCACCAGUCAAUUACUACCCACCAAUGGAGGAUACAAAUGGAGACUUUCCACCACCACCGCCGCCAUUGUCCACGACCAUAUCUAACAUGCAAACCGCCACUACUGGCCACAGUUUUCGUCCUAACCCCAAGCUAACAGCCAAUGCAGUGCCACGACCCUAUCCGGGUAGUCCUGGCGGCAGCAAUGGCCUAACUACCACACCAACCGGCGGCAGAUUGUCGCAGCCAAGCACACCCACUAAUGCCAACUACCAGCAUAGCUUUGAAUCGUCCAGCAUUAAAACGCAAAACUCAUCCCCAUCUGCUGUGCCGCCACCGCCUCCACAGAAGCCCAAUGUGAAUCGCAAUCUGGAGGCGUGCGUCAAAGAUCUGCAUGACAAGACCUUUGGUCAGGGCGGUGUUGUACAGUUAACAGGAGGAAAUGCCUAUCCUGGUCAAAACUACGAGGGUUACACGUCUAGAUACGAAACGCGCAACUUUGAUAAGUCAGCGAACAAUACCAGCAGCAGCAGUAGUGAACUGGUCAAACCCUUGGAAUCGAGCUUCUCCCAAAUGACAGUCAAUACGGAUGGCGGCAAGAUUAGCGUUAUCGAUCAGGGAUCAGAGAGACUAACCUCAAUGACCCAACGGGUAAUGGAACGUAAAUCCUAUACAACAACAACAGAAUCCCGGUCGGAAACCAAAACGGAGAAGCAUAGUUUUCGAUUGGAAUAAUGAAUAAUAACGUCCUUUAUUAUGUUGUUCUUGUUGAAUUGGGGAUGGGAAAUGAUGACCAUGUUGAUGUUUGCCAAAAGUGCUUUUAACAUUUACGAACACACAUAAAUACUAAUAGAAAUAAUUUAAUAUUAAUUAUAAUUAGCUACUAGCGAAACUACGUCUAUAUAUCUAUACCUAUCUAUCUAUCUAUCUGUCUAUACCAGCAUAAUCGGCUUAAUAAUAUUAACCUUAUAAUCCCAAUUUGGCAGUUUUAUGCAAGUUUCUAUGUUUUCGUAAAUCUGUUGUAUACGUGUUUAUUCGCCAAUUGAUUGCCAAUCAAUCAUCUAUAUAUAUAUAUAUUUAUAUAUCGUAUCUACCUUAUAAUACAGAAACCAGAAUAUUGGAGCUUAACACUAAUCAAAUGCGCAGACCUCAAAAGAUAUACAAAACAAAACAAACAAAAAAAAAAAAACGAUUUCUGUUAACCGACUUAUGUCCCAUAUUAAUACUACCAUUUACAAUUUUGGUUCUUCAAUUUGUUGUUAUUUCAAUGCAAUUCAUUAUUGUGCACUAAACACUAAAAACAAUUUAUUUUAAUAUAACUUAAUUUUAGUUAUUUCAACACAUGUUUUGCAACAGAGCAAACAAUUUGUUUUUCACUAAGCAUUAUGAUAAGUUUCAAAAGUGAAAGAAAAUAUUAUCUAAUUAAACUUCAUUGUAUCCUUGAUAUAUGUAUACCCUAUAAUAUUUUUGACUUCAUAAUGUUUGCUUUCCUUUUGUAUAUACGUACAUAUGCAAGUCGUGUAUGCAAAUUGUGUAAUUCAAUUGUGUACUUUUUUUUUGUAAAUUAAUAAAAACAAUAUAACAAUCACGUAAAACCCA